ACUUGAUUCAAAUUUUACAAACUACGGAAUGAAGAUGACGUCAAAAAGACAUUACAAUUGAAUACAUAAAAUUUAUUUGCUAGUAUGUGUAUUUCAUAAAUUUAGUCGAUAACUGACGGCCCUGCAGUUAAGCCAUUGCUGAGGGUAGUUACCUCGAAGAUGCACUAAAUAAUAACAGUUGUCUAUCUCUGAAAGUAGUGAAAGGUGUAACUAAAUUGUUUACUAUUAACAAUAUACAAAUGAUCUCAUUUAUACAAGUGAUAAUGGUGAUGUUUUAUCAAAAAUUAUCCUUGUAAAAAAUUACUUUUUGUGAUCUAUUAGAAUAAGUGGUUCAACAAUCAAUACAUUUAUAUGAAUAUUUAAAUGUGAUAAAUGAAGGAUAUGCAGUUUUUGGAAAUAUAUCGCUUCCUUAUCGAAGAAAUUUCUGAUUCAAGAGUAUCGAAUUGGCCAUUGAUGUCCUCUCCAUUCCCGAUCUUGAUAAUAGUAAUAGGAUAUUUAAUAUUUGUUAUUGUAAUCGGACCAUUAUACAUGAAGAAUAGACAACCUUUCUCUUUACACACAGUUAUGAUUUUUUACAAUAUUUGCAUUGCAUUUUCUAGUGGUUCAAUAUUUUUGGGGCUACUUACAUCGGGAUUUACGACAAAACUAUCGUGGCGUUGUGAACCUGUUGAUUUUUCCUAUGACCCGGAAUCAAUAAGUAUGGCAAGAUGGGUUUGGUGGCUGAUGAUUCUGAAAAUAUGUGAAUUAGGUGAUACAGUCAUUUUUACAUUACGGAAAAAACAUAAUCAAUCGUCUUGCUUACACAUUUAUCAUCAUGCUACAACUGUGUGCCUUGCGUGGAUAGCUUGUAAAUAUGCUCCUGGUGGCAUGUGGACUUUCAUUAUGAUGCCGAACUGCAUUAUUCAUGUCAUUAUGUAUACCUAUUAUCUUCUGGCGAGUUUGGGGCCAAAAUUGCAAAAAAAGCUUGCACCCUGGAAGCCUUGGCUAACAAUUUUACAGAUGACACAAUUUUCGAUUAUGGCUAUUCACACCUCACAGGCGUUACUACCAUCUUGUGAGCCAACUCGAAAACCACUUGCUUAUAUUUAUAUGUCACAAGUUAUUAUAAAUUUUUAUUUAUUUCUCAAUUUUUAUAAGAACACUUAUGUAAGAAAA